GAAACCAGUCUGUACAUAAUUGUAGCAUUUAAUGGCAAAUUGUUUUCUCUGAGAUACUUUUGAUUAAUUAAAUGGGAAUUUUAAAUACAAAUUUAUCACCAGUCUAUGCUCUCUGUGAAUAAGUAAAAUGGAGUCCAAACGUAAAAACGUGGUUUCUAAAAGAUCAAAAAAGCCAAAAGAUACAGAAAAUGAAGAUGUUAAACCUAUUCAGACUAUACCGACACCUAACAUAUCUGCAAUUAAAAAUAAACAACGCCGUACGGAACUGUAUCGUGAAAUGAAACGUCAAAAAAGAAAAAUAAAGAAUGCAGAAAAAAAGAAGAAGCAAAAGGAAGCCAAAGCAAUGGGAGAUAAGGCACCUCCGAAACAGAUUCCCAAAACUCUAGAAAAUAUGAGAGUAUCUGAUGAGACAAUGGUGAAUCCACAGGAUGAGGAGGUCCUUAAGGAUGAAGCUCAAGAUGAAUUGUCAUCAUACUUCAAUCGACAGACAACACCCAAGAUUUUAAUAACCACAACAGACAGACCAUGUCUACGCACCAAUAAAUUUUGCAAGGAACUCAAGCAAGUAUUUCCAACAUCUGUGAUAAAAUACAGGCGGGGUCUUGAUUUGAAGAAGAUUAUUCCACAGGCAGUGGCUCGAGACUUCACAGAUCUGCUAGUCGUCAACGAGGAUAGAAAAACACCUAAUGGAUUAGUGUUUACACAUUUACCAGACGGUCCAACAGCUCAUUUCAAAAUGAGUAAUGUAAGGCUUUCAACAGAAAUCAAGAGAGUUGGUCGCAUGUCAUCACAUUAUCCAGAGGUGAUUCUCAAUAAUUUCAACACAAGACUGGGUCACAGUGUGGGCCGUUUGCUGGCCACAUUGUUUCCUCAUGACCCGCAGUUCCAUGGGCGAAGAGUGUGUACCUUUCACAACCAGAGAGACUUCAUAUUUUUCAGACAUCACAGAUAUAUAUUUAGAAAUGCUAAAAAGGUUGGAAUUCAGGAACUUGGGCCUCGUUUCACACUCAAACUGAGAUCAUUACAGAAAGGAACGUUUGAUUCAAAGUUUGGAGAAUACGAGUGGAUACACAAGGUGAGAUAUUGCUAUGUUUUACAGUUCUGGUUAAUCUCUGCAUCAUCUCAUGUCUACACAUUUGAUACAAUGUUAUCUGAAAGCCCCAUUCCAGGUUUUCAGGUAACCAGUGAAAUUUAUAGUUUUGAAAUUUAUCACACCAUCUUGUUCUAGUAUAAAAGAAAUAGACAACUGUAACAAAAAACAGUGUUACCAUUCAGCACUUGAUUUUGGUGGUACAAUGUAUGACAUAACAUAAUAAUAAUAUUCUUUAGGUUCUCGUUAGGAAUGCAAUUAGAUUAAGAGCCAACAAAUUUAUUCCCAUUUCUAAAACACAUUUUGAAAUAUUCAUAUCUUUGAGGUUUAUAACAUGUACUUCGAUACUUGUUUCUUAAUUCUUUUUUUAUAUACAUAUUUUUUCUUAUUUAUUUCAGCGACAUGAAAUGGAAACAAGCCGCAGAAAAUUCUUCUUGUAGUCAAGUGGCAUAAUAAGACUUGUAUAUAAAACAAACAUCAUGUGUGUGAUCAAAGAAUGAUUAAAAAAUAAAAGUAAUCUGUUCAACAUC